AAGGGAAGAGGGAAGAAAACGUUUCUUUCUGUGAUUGUGCAUGGAAUAUGCUACAGAAAUGUCAGAGAUAAAGAAGAAAACCACUAGAGUUUCUUUGACCAUCAGUUCCCUGGUUAAUGAAACCUCCAACAUCAGAUCAAGUUAUUCUACCUUAGUUCAACCACUGUAUAUUGACCCCCAAAGGAUGCUGAGUCCCUGCAGCAACCUGUCCAGAUCCACCUGUGUUGUAGCCCCUGUGUUCACCAAGCAUCUUCAAGACAUCUCUACAACCAGUGGUCAGUCUGUCACAUUUGAAUGCCACGUCCAGGCAAUAACCACAGUUCAAAUUCACUGGCACAGAGAGAAAAAGGAGAUAGCAGACUCUGAGGACUUCCAGAUUCUGAGGAGAAGUAUUGUCACAAUCUUUUUGAUUUGCUUUUUAUUUCAAUUAACCUUGAAAUCUAAUUCAUGUUGUAAAGUUUAAUAGCUGAUCUGUUACAGGCUCAAAAAUUUCUAUUGUUAAACAAUUAUUAUUUCAAAUCCAAGUGAUUCUUCAACAAACAACCAAAAAAGAAAAGAUAGCAGGGUUUUUUGUUGUUUGUUUGUUUUAUGUGUGUGUGUGACACAACAGUUUUAAUGGCUGUGAAAAGACUGGUUUAUUUUCACAAAUUAACUAUUAGUUCUUGACAUACAAAUAGCAAAAAAAUAUGAGAACAUAUUUUUUAAGAGUAAAACAA